UCAAUCGAAAGUGAUGUUUAUUUACCAGCCUUGUUGUCAAAAAGAAACUCAAUCAUAUUGUUGUUUAUAAAACAUACAAAGUGAUGAAAAGUGGUUUAAAUCAUUCAAAUGUGCUAAAUGUUGAUAGUUUCGUACGAGAAUUUCAACGAUUCUAUUCUAUUCAUCAAUGGUAGUUAUUUACAUAUGGUCAUAACUUUACGGUUGUAUUUAUUUCGCCGACAUUGCUGUAACGGAAAGCUUCCAACGACGGUGUAGCGAACGGAAAAAGCAGAAUGAAAAGGUAACGCGGAAAACCAAUCACACACAUUCACCGAUCGUACUGUACGUAGAGUUUAUGCAUAAAGUGAUAUUUCUACAGUAAAGUUUGAACCAAAACUCAAACGACAAUGAGUGAACACGAAGACUUGGAAGACGGAGAGAUCGAGGAUGAUGAUGAGGACGUUGUCGUUGUGCCGGAAGCAAAAGAAACCGAGGCGCCACCCAUGCAACCCAUCGCCGUUAAAGAGCAGGAAGAUGUCUGGGACGAUGAUAGCAAUGCUCAGGAAGUUACCAAUAAGAUGCAGAACGUCAGACACAUGAAUGAUGCAAAAGCCAGACUGAUCGAUGAAGUAGCGCCACCAAAAAAUCCUAAGAGAUCCAAACCUGCUCCCGUCGUCGAUGAUUGGGCGACAAGCGUGGAGGCAGCGAUCGCCAAUGCACUCAAGAAAGACGGCGUUCAACCUCCGAUGCCUGCCAUUAGCCAUCGACAUGACGAUAACGAUGAUGAGCGGCCCUCCAAACGGAAGCGGCGAGAAAGGCAAAAGAAGAAAUCCGCCUCCGAAAAACCGGAAGAGCAAGAUGAAAUGGAACUGGAGUAUGAGAUGAUGAACGUACGAGGUGGCAGCCCAAGGCCGGGAAUGGGCCGUGGAGGCGAAAACCUCCCUGAUCGGAGUGAUUCCGAGGACAGUUACUCAUCGGAUGAUUCUCGCGAUCGGGAAAGAGAUCGAGACCGGGAACGGCGGGAUCGUGACCGGGAAAGAGAUCGAGAGUACAACCGCCGAAAGCGUAAAAACCGCCAGCGGAACAGGGCAAAUCGUGAUAACAGGAAACGCAAACGGGACGAUUCCGACGAUGAUAAGCACCAUCGCAACAGUGGUCCGAGGAAGAUGGAAUUAUGUAAGUUCUAUCUUAUGGAUUGUUGCGCUAAACGGGAAAAGUGUCUCUACAUGCAUUCGGACUUCCCCUGCAAGUACUACUACCUGGGUCUCAAGUGUAAAGAGAAGGAAAAGUGUUUGUUCAGCCAUGGUGAACCGCUAUCAGAUGAGCUGAGGGCCAUCUUGAUGAAGCACCUUGAGACGGCUCCUCAAGAGAUUCUUGGUGACUUCCCCCGUAUUGGCCGGGAAAGCGCCGCUAACAUGGUGAACGCAACGCAUCGUAAGUUGAUGGAAAAGUACGGAAUGGCCAAGGCUGGGGGCGAUGGCGAAGCAGGAGAUGGUAAGCUUCCUUCGUUGUUGGAUAUGAUGGGGCAGGGUAACAAAAACCGUCGAUCGCGAUGGUGUGAAAAGCAAUCAGGGUCUGGUUCACUUACGGGUGGUAGUGGAAAAUUGUCUGGGAACGCGGUAGGAGAGGAGUUCUUAAGCCUAAAGUAUUUAUCAGGAGUUAUAUCCUCAGAUCAGAUUGAAAAUCUGGAACGCAUGGGUAUUCAUGAUCUGAAUCAGAUCAUGACUCUCACAGUGGCGCAGUUGAAUGAACUCGGGUUGAGCGUUACUCAAAUUCAUGAGCUUCAACUAAACGCACUGAACAUGCAGAAAUUGCGAGAGAAUAUAGCCAAACAAAGUUCCCAAACUGAUGAGCAGGAGCUCGGUGAAUCAACGUCAGUAGUGUCAAUGGGCAGUAGUAAAGAUCUCGAUAUGCGUGUAACUCCAUCCCACACUUCGCUGCCAAAAGAAUCAGAUAGCAUGCCCUCGUUAGGUGGCAAAGACGUGGACAUGCGGCUUCUGCCAAUGAUGAAUGCUAGCCAACAGGAAGCAGUAGUUGGAGGAGACCAUUCCAGUAGUUCUCACAGUGAACUGGUCACCACGUCUCUGACUAGUUUGAUCAAGACUCCCACGGUUGAUUACUCACAGUAUUUGAAGGACUCCAAUCUGAACGAUGAUGACGAUAUGGACAAUGCCGAAAAUGCUGGUAAUCUCUUGAUUGCAAACGAUGAUGACGACGAUGACGAGGAGAACAAUCUUAAAAUCAGUAUCGAAGAAGAUGAUCAGGAUGAGAACGGAAGGUAUAGCAAUCACAGUGAUCAGGAGUAUGAAAACGAGGCUCCAAGUUUGCAACCAGCAGUAUUCGACACCAAACUCAUAAAUCGGCCAUCAACAACUCAAAAGAUCGAUUAUACGAAGUCUUUUGGAAUGUACAAAUCCGCAGAAGACGAACCUGAGAAACCUAGUGAGUCUUGUAUAUUGGAUGGUUUGGGAAGUGAUUUCGAUCCGCCGAUCAAGAAGAGACCAGACAUAUUUAGUCGAAAGUCAAUGUACAGUAAUGUAGCUUUACCCGAGAGUAGCGGUGACAGUUCACCUUCGUCUCUCAAGCAGUUAGGUUCGCCUGGUAACACCCCAACCAUGGGAUGGACUCCUACUUCCGGUAAUACCAACACUUCCACCUCCAGCACCGCAAACAAACCGAACGUUUCGGCCAGCAAACCUUCCAGACCUUCGAUCUACGAUGAUCCCUAUGCAAGUGACAACAGUGAUGACAGUGAUUCCAGGUCAAAGACCUCGACAUUUACCGAUCGGGAUAAGGAUAUGAGAUUGAAUUUCCUAAGUUUGGACGCCAAGAUGGGCGAAGAUGGAGCUUCCGACAUAGAUCUUCGCUUACCGUUCAAACCCAUCAUGACCAACUAUAUUCCGGCAACGGAGAUCGAUGCAUCCAUCACGUCUCAUGCUCCCAUCGUCUACAAGGUUCAUGAAGUAGACGUUCCCAAUCCCAACUACAAAGACAUUCGAAGGAACACGCCACGACCAGACCGAACGAAGGAUCCUCGGUUGCGAAAGAUAUUCGGAAUGUCGAAUGAAGACGAUAGCGAGAAUAGUUCCAAAUCCGAUCUCUUACUGCUUGGAUUGAGAUCUCCCAAAUCGACAUCGUCUGCUUCUGCACAAGGUCCAGUAGUACCUCGUGUAGACCCCCGAACGAAGAGAAUGCAAGAGAAUAAAAUCCAAAGUCCAGUUCACGACGGUAGUAGCGGAACAGGCGUAAACAUGUCCAAUUCGAAUCCGGCUCAACUAGAUGUUCAAACUAUUCUGCAACGGUCAAGCUGGUAUUUAGAUCUCAGCUCCAAACAUAAGAUCAUGGUGAACCAGCAGCUAGCAAUCCUUACAACCGAAAUGAAGAAAUUUCACAACUCGGACAAAUCUCCCGACAAAUUGGCCGAUUUCAUGCACCAAUUGGGCAACAAUCAAAUGCUGCAGUUCAUCCUCACGAACUUGAACGUCUACGUGGACGACUCGGUAGCAUUUUCCGAAGUUCCUUUAGUGCCUGCUCAGCCUCCACCACUGAUGUCUGUACCACCUCCCAAUCUUGGCAUGGCUCCCAUGGGUCACAUUCCCCCAGUGAAUAUCCCUCCUCCAAUGCAGAAACCUCCAUCGCUCUUUGACCUACCCAGGUUCAACUGCCCACCGGAAGUUCGACCGGGUCUGCUAGGCGUAGCUCCCAACAUGCCUUUCGAACAGUUUCUAGCAAUGGGACAAGUUAACAAGCCCAAUAAUCCGCCUCCCCUGUUGGAUGAAUGGGUGGAUGACUAUAAUGAUGGAGGUGGCUUUGUCCCGAAUUUCGAACGAAACAAUUUUGGAGGUAACAUGCGAGGCAACAAUAUGAGAAACAACCGAGGAGGAGGAGGUAACUUUAGGAACAAUGAUCGAUGGAAUAAUUCCGGAGGAGGUGGAAAUAAUCCCAAUCGUCGAAACAACAAUCAUCGUCGUAUGGACAAAAAGAAGUAAUUCGUACUUUAGCAAUCAGUUAAUGAAUCCAAGUUUUGUUGGAUUUUCAUUGCUAGAAGAACCACAGGCAAACGGUGUAUUAAAAAUCAAUACGGGUUGUAUUGGUGUCACAAGUCCGCCGUUGGCAUGCGUAUAUCUUCCCUAGGUGUAGCUUCGAAUUCUCCCUCAAUCUGUGAGAUUCGAAGCGAGCUGCCGACGAGCUUCCAUUCCUGACUCCCUUUUUAAAAUUUGUGUUGUUUUUUUAAUGUCAUGAAAAGGCUGCUUUGUAAAUAUAGAGUUUUUUUUUUUUGUUAAAAUUGCGUGAGAUAAGUGACUCAAUCGUCAUACUGAUAGUUUACCGUACCCAGAAAUUACUCAUUUUUUCGAACGUAAAUGUAAAUGAAUAAAAUCUAUCAUGAAAUUUUAGCGUAAGGCAAUUCAAUCCCAAUGAGUAUAUUUAGAUUUAAAAUAUGCGCCGCUUUGCAUACAUGCUUCGGCGCUCAUUAAUAGCAGAAGGCUUGACUGAAAAACAUAUAUUUAAAUAAAAUUUUAAGCAACUGAACUAUGCUUAGAAAAACUCCGAAAUUAUUUUGGCAAUAUCGCGUGGAGUAAAAUGUGUCAAUGUAGAACUUAUAUUACGUUUUCAGUCAACACGUAACAUUAAGAAGUAUUGUAACUAGUAGCGAAAUGAAGAGAUUAUUCAUAGAUUCAAAAAUUAUGUCCAAAUGUUUACUAGAAAUAUGCA